CCUUUUUUUUGGUUGUCUUCCUCUUCAUAGUUUAUAGAGCUCUCUCGUCUCUCCGUUUUCCAAACUAAGAAAAUCAAAACAGAAGAAAGUAUGACUAGUUACUACGCACAGCCACCGCCUCCCGUCGGCGUUCCUCCCCCCCAGGGUUAUCCACCGCAAGGAUAUCCUCCGAAGGACGCUUAUCCCCCGCAAGGAUAUCCACCGCAGGGCGGUUAUCCACCUGCCGGUUAUCCUCCGCAGGGAUACCCGCCUCCGCCGCCGUAUGGUCCGGCGUACGGUCAUCAUCCUCCUCCGCAACAUCAAAACCAAAAGAAAGAAGUUGGAUUCGUCGAAGGCUGUUUGGCUGCGCUUUGUUGCUGCUUUAUGUUGGAUGUUUGCUUUUGAUUGAUGAACACAAUGUAUAAGGAGGGAGGGGUUGCUUUUUGAUUGAUGAAAUUGCCUACACAAUUUGAACUUAAAUCUUCAUCAUCUUCAUUUUUCUUUCUUUGUCAGUGUGUAAUAUCCAAUCCAUUGUUUCUAUAUCCUCAUUUGUAACUUAUUAUUGCUUUCGCCAAAACAAUAUGUUAUACAUUUUUAACAUUUAAUUAUUAAUUCUCUCUAUUUUUGUUUUGGAUUGAA